CCUUUUGGGGACAGACCAGUCAUUUCAGAGCUUCCAGUUGAGAGCCCGCGGGUCAGACACCGAGGGCAGUGCUCUCCCUGGGAGGACGGGCUGGCAGCAAGAAAGCUGAGCCGGAGCGAUUCCCUGGCCCGGGUAAGAGGAAGAUGAAGGUCCUGCUGAUGCUGACCCUGCUUCUUGCCUGCGGUGUGUUCAUGAUCCGUGGGAAGCUCCCGCGCGCGUUCGCACCAGGACUCGAGGGAAGCACUGUAGGAAAUCUGACUGCCCAUGGCUGCUACGCAAUGGACCGGUGCUGCCGGCUCCGUGCCUGUUGCUACGCCAGGCUGGCUGCACGGCGAUGCCGCCUGGGACCGAUCCAGCCCUUCUCGAUGUCCAGGGCAGGAAUCCCCACUUGCAGGUCUGGGACCUGGUGCCAGCGAGGUGCCUGCAGAUGUGAGCGGGCAGCCCAGCUCUGCCGGCUGCGUAGCCGGGGGCUGCCCCGACGUCGCAGCAAGUGCCGGGGACGAGCCGGGCGGUGUUGAAGCAAAAGGGCUUUUUUUUUUUUUUUUUUGCAAAACCACUUCCAAGCUGGUAAGAAAAGGGAUGUAGGAGCAUUUCCCAACCCUGGCAGGUCUCCUCCACGGGGCUUUUUUGGCUUCGACAUGAGGACAACAACCCUCUUGUGAAGUUGCGUCACUACACACUGGAUGCGAGGAGGGAGAGCAGCGCAGAUGCAAUAUUUCAGUGCAGAAAAACAAGAGAGGGGUGGACACCUGCACCUUGUCCCGGCAAAGAGCGAGAUGGAAACCAGCGCGAGCCUCUCUGCUGACACUCAUUUCCCCUUGGCUCCAGCUCCCCGUGCAGCCUGUCAGCUCCCUCUGCUUUUUGCUUCACUGCAGAUUCUUUUCCAUUGCUCCAAAAUAAAA